AUGGCGCCCGCAAAAAAGAAAGCAUGCACCCACCAGACCGUCCUCAUCGACGCGUCAGACUACGGCCGCAAGACCGCCGGCUUCGAGCGCGUGCCCGUUGACAAACGCAUCGCUGCAACGACGCGCUCCGGCAGAGUCCCCGACGGCGGUGCAUCGUCGCCCGGCCCCGUCGCCGCCCCGGACGCCUCCACUUUUCCCGGCCCGCUCGUCCUCCCUGACGACGAGCUCGCGCUGCACCCGCGGUACCCCCCGCAAAGCCUGCGGUCGUGGAUCAACGGCGGGUACCGCAACCCGAUCACGCACGACCGCAAGACGCUGUACGUCGCGGACGUGCCGCGGAUCGAUGACAGCGCGGCGUUUAUGCGGGAGUGGGCGGAGCCGGAUGUCGAGGACCUGGUUGACCCGGCGGAGUUCCCGCGGCUGGAGCACCCUGACACGGCGGACUUGAUGGGGUACUUGGCGGCGUUUUAUUAUCCCCUUGAGGUGAAGUUGCUGCCCACGCCGAUGAGGUUCGUUCGCUGGGAGGCCAGGGGGAAGGCGGACAUGGUCGGGCUGGCGACGGGCGACAAGACGGUGGUGGGCGUGCGGGCGCGGCCGAGUAAAGAUGAGAUUGCAAGGAUGCAGCUGAAUUUGAGCGACUUGCUGGACGCGCUGAUGGGGGUGGUGCCGCGGGACGCGUAUGCGGCACCGCGGGGUUAG